AUGGCGGCUUGCAGGCGUUGCUGCUCGUGCCUGAGGCUUCGGCCGCUCGGCGAUGGUACCCUCCGCCUGCCUGGGCGGGACCGGGCGCUCACCCAGUUGCAAGUGCGAGCACUGUGGGGUGGCGCGGGGUUCCGAGCCGUGGCCGUGGACUUAGGCAGCAGAAAGUUAGAAAUAUCCUCUGGAAAACUGGCCAGAUUUGCAGAUGGCUCUGCUGUAGUACAGUCAGGUGACACUGCAGUGAUGGUCACAGCAGUCAGUAAAACAAAACCUUCACCUUCCCAGUUCAUGCCUUUGGUGGUUGACUAUAGACAGAAGGCUGCUGCAGCAGGUAGAAUUCCCACAAACUAUCUUAGAAGAGAGAUUGGAUCUUCUGAUAAAGAAAUUCUUACAAGUCGAGUAAUAGAUCGUUCAAUUAGACCUCUCUUUCCAGCUGGCUACUUUUAUGAUACACAGGUACUUUGUAAUCUGUUAGCAGUAGAUGGUGUUAAUGAACCUGAUGUUCUAGCAAUUAAUGGUGCUUCUGUAGCCCUCUCAUUAUCAGAUAUUCCUUGGAAUGGACCUAUUGGGGCAGUCCGAAUAGGAAUGAUUGAUGGAGAGUGUGUUGUUAAUCCAACACGGAAAGAAAUGUCUUCCAGUACUUUAAAUCUAGUGGUUGCUGGAGCACCUAAAAGUCAAAUUGUUAUGAUGGAAGCCUCUGCAGAGAACAUUUUACAACAGGACUUUUGCCAUGCUAUUAAAGUGGGGGUAAAAUAUACCCAACAAAUAAUUCAGGGCAUCCAGCAGUUGGUAAAAGAAAUUGGUGUUACCAAGAGGACACCUCAGAAGUUAUUUACCCCUUCACCAGAGAUUGUGGAACACACUCAUAAACUCGCCAUGGAAAGACUCUACGCAGUUUUUACUGAUUAUGAACAUGAUAAAAUUUCCAGAGAUGAAGCUAUUAACAAGAUAAGAUUAGAUACAGAGGAACAACUAAAAGAAAAGUUUCCAGAGGCUGAUACAUAUGAAAUAAUAGAAUCCUUCAAUGUUGUUGCAAAGGAGGUUUUUAGAAGUAUUAUCUUGAAUGAAUACAAAAGGUGUGAUGGUCGAGAUUUGACUUCACUUAGGAAUAUAAAUUGUGAGGUAGAUAUGUUUAAAAUUCUUCAUGGAUCAGCAUUAUUUCAGAGGGGACAAACACAGGUACUUUGUACUGUUACGUUUGAUUCAUUAGAAUCCAGUAUUAAGUCAGACCGAAUUAUAACAGCCAUAAAUGGGAUAAAAGAUAAAAAUUUCAUGCUGCACUAUGAGUUUCCUCCUUAUGCAACUAACGAAAUUGGCAAAGUCACUGGUGUGAACAGAAGAGAACUUGGGCACGGUGCUCUUGCUGAGAAAGCUUUGUAUCCUGUUAUCCCCAAGGAUUUUCCUUUCACCAUAAGAGUCACAUCCGAAGUCCUAGAGUCAAAUGGAUCAUCUUCAAUGGCAUCUGCAUGUGGUGGAAGCUUAGCAUUAAUGGAUGCAGGAGUUCCAAUUUCAUCUGCUGUCGCAGGUGUAGCAAUAGGAUUGGUCACUAAAAACAAUCCUGACAAGGAUGAAAUAGAAGAUUAUCGAUUGCUGACAGAUAUUCUGGGAAUCGAAGAUUACAAUGGUGACAUGGAUUUCAAAAUAGCUGGCACUAAUAAGGGAAUAACUGCAUUACAGGCUGAUAUUAAAUUACCCGGAAUACCAAUAAAAAUUGUAAUGGAGGCCAUUCAACAAGCCUCAGUGGCAAAGAAGGAGAUCUUACAGAUUAUGAACAAAACUAUUUCAAAACCUCGAGCAUCUAGAAAAGAAAAUGGACCUGUUGUAGAAACUAUUCAGGUUCCAUUAUCAAAACGGGCAAAAUUUGUUGGACCAGGUGGAUAUCACUUAAAAAAGCUUCAGGCUGAAACAGGAGUAACUAUUAGUCAGGUGGAUGAAGAAACAUUUUCUGUAUUUGCACCAACACCCAGUGCUAUGCAUGAAGCAAGAGACUUCAUUACUGAAAUCUGCAGAGAUGAUCAAGAGCACCAACUAGAAUUUGGAGCAGUGUAUACUGCCACAAUAACUGAAAUCAGAGACACUGGAGUAAUGGUUAAACUAUAUCCAAAUAUGACUGCAGUACUGCUUCAUAACACACAACUUGAUCAACGAAAGAUUAAACAUCCUACUGCUUUAGGAUUAGAAGUUGGCCAAGAAAUUCAGGUGAAAUACUUUGGACGUGAUCCAGCUGAUGGAAGAAUGAGGCUCUCUCGUAAAGUGCUACAGUCUCCAGCUACAACUGUUGUCAAAACUCUAAAUGACAGAAGUAGUAUUGUAAUGGGAGAAUCUGUUUCACAGUCAUCAUCUAAUUCUUCCCAGUGA